GGAUAUUAGGGCACUGCUUUUAAAAGCGGGUUCUUCAAAACACAAAUUAUUUUGUAAACAAAAAAUUUUCAUCCCUUAAAUCACAUCUGUGAGACAAACUAGUUAUGGAGACCAGCCUGACGCUAGAACAAGAGUUAUCUUCGUUGCAACCUCACUUGCGACAGGCUCAGGAGAAAGUUGGGGCCUGGAUGAAAGAUGACCUAGAUGAGCAAUUCCACAACGCUGCACAUCAUCAUGAACAGGCUUUACUGGCAGCUGCUCACAAAAGGAAAGACAAUGUCAAGGUCAACCAGUUAUACGGAGUUGUUGAACAGUUGCGAUCUGAACUGGAAGAACUGUACGCCAUAUCCAGGCAAACAUCCACUAAUGGUACCCAGCUGCAAGCAAACAUAGAUAGUCUGAAGUCUGACAUCUCACAGCUUAAACAAGAAAUUGAGGCCCCGUCAAAAGCUAAACAGAAGCUGGAGUACCUGGAGAAAGCCAGUGGAAUAUUCGGAGAAAUGCUCGGACUCAGAUUUAAGAAAACAAAAGGAAACCGUAUGCAGGUGGUUCUCACACAGAUUGAUGAGAAGGAACCGGAAGCUCCGUUCUACUUCUUCUUGCAGAUACAGGGAGUUAGCCGGAAAUAUGUUGUAAGUGAUAUUGAGCCUCCGAUUGAAGGAUUGGAUGAGCUUACAGCAGAACUGAACACAUCAAACGACCUUCAGCGAUUCAUCUGCCAAGUUCGUUCCCUCUUUCAACAGAGUGUUAAGACAUCAUGAUUUUAACUGACAAAACAUUUUUUUAAAAGAACAUUGUAUAUUAUUAGUGGCACUUUAUUUUAUCUGUACAAAUGUUUUAGUGUUGUCUUUAUAUGAUAUAUGGCUUUGUAGAUUGUAAGUCUUUCGAUAAAGCUUCAGAGUGACUUAUUUCAAA